CGUCGUCAGACUAGUUUACUUUCUAAUACUUCAAUCAAGGUUAGAUUAGGUUACCUUAUUAUCAACCUUAAUCACUCCUAAUUCCCCUCCUUCUUCUUCAUCGGUGUGUUGGUAUUUAAUCAAAUUCUUGUCCCUCCUCAUUUUGCUUCAAGCCGUAAGUUUAACUUAAUUGAAGAGAAAAGAAAGUGAAGUAAAUUUAAUUUCUUUUUUUUACUGCUUUACUUGUGUUUUGUACCUCUACUGUGAUCAAAAACACCUGAACAUUGUGCACCUUAAUCAACUAUGAGUUCCGAUGACACGAUUUCGCGAAAAAUUCCCAAAGGUGGAUUGCUUUAUGGUGAUUAUUUGAUGCUGGAUCAGUUGCUUUCUUGUGUUGAACCCAUCACUAGGUCACUUGGCAAUGAAGUUCAUGAUGAACACCUUUUCAUUGUUACCCAUCAAGCUUAUGAAUUGUGGUUUAAGCAAAUUUUAUUUGAGUUGGACUCCAUUAGGAAUCUUCUUAAUGGAAAGGAAGUCAGUGAAACAAACAUGCUGGUUAUUACAUCUCGAUUGAAUCGAUUGGUGUUAAUUUUGAAGUUACUUGUUGAUCAAGUCAGCAUUCUUGAAACCAUGACUCCACUGGAGUUCAUGGAGUUUCGUAACUAUCUGUCUCCAGCAUCAGGAUUUCAAAGUGUCCAGUUUCGUCUUUUAGAGAACAAGUUGGGCGUUAAAAAUGAACUUCGAGUAAAUUAUGGGAAAAGUCAUUAUUUGACCAUCUUUCAAGAUCCAAAGAUAAUCGAGUUGAUUAAAAAAUCAGAGCAAGAGCCUUCGUUGUGUGAUCUUAUUCAAAGAUGGUUGGAACGAACUCCAGGUCUUGAAGAGGAAGAUUUCAACUUCUGGGAAAGGUAUAAAGAAGUCGUUAACGGCAUGUUGGAAAGCAGUUUACGAGAGGCUGAACAAGAAACUGAUCCUGGCGUAAAAGAGCACAUUUUGAAUGAUUACAAGCAAAAAACUAAAGUAUUUGAGACCAUCUUUGAUGAAUCUAUUCACAAUGGCUUGAUUACUCGUGGUGAGCGCCGUUUCUCUCACCGAGCUCUGCAAGGUGCUUUAAUGAUUUCCUUAUACAAAGAUCAACCCAGAUUUAAUCAACCUUACCAUGUUCUUACUUCAUUGAUGGACAUUGACUCUCUCAUUACAAAAUGGCGAUAUAACCAUGUUCAAAUGGUACUCAGAAUGAUUGGAUCUCAUCAAAUGGGAACUGGAGGUUCAGCUGGUUAUCAAUACCUAAGAUCUACUAUGAGUGAUCGAUAUAAGGUUUUUGUUGAUCUAUUUAAUCUGUCAACCUUUUUGAUUUCCAAGGAUUAUCUGCCCUUAUUGACACCCAAAAUGAAGAAAAAGUUAUCGACAUUGACACAUAAACAAGACUCGGAUGAAGACGAAAGCUAAAAACAAUUAGCAAUCAAAGUUAUCGCUUUUGUCGUUUUUUUGAUUUCUUCUUGAGAAAUUAGUUCUCUACAUAAGAAGAUAUUUUAUCAAAUGUAUUAUCAAUUAAUCACGGUAAACACCUGAUUUAUUCAAGGAAAGGUUGUAAACAGCCAAUUUAAUCUUAAUCUUUUUUAACUUACUAAAUUUUUACUGAGGUUAUUAACAUUAAAUGCAUGAACUACUCAGCUUAUAAAAUAAAAACUUACAGUUAAAUAUUUUUAUUCAA